AUGCCACCUGCCUCUUCCGUCGGGAGCAGUAGACGCAAGCACGGUCAGCCGACCGUCUGUCUUGAGUGCUACCUUCGAAAAGUCAAGCAUCUUUGCAAGACUUUCAACACCAGCCAGCUCGAUCCUCAGACUCUGCAAAAGAAGCAAGCAAGGCGAUCGCUAGCCGAAAUUAAUGCGCUCCUCCAUGAAUCUAGCAGCGACGGUCACGGUGACGAUGCAGAUCCUCAACAACCAUCUAUGUACCAUCAGCAGCCUGAGCAUCCCAUGAUGGCUUUCAUCAAUCUUAUGCUCAAGGAUCUCAACGUGCAGGAUGAUCCGCAACUCGACAGCCAAGCGUCCUCCGAUACUGCCUCUUCCAGUGCUGGAUCUCCCACCACGUCCUAUUCAGCGGUGGCACGCUAUAUGGAGAGCGGCUGCCUCACCAAGAUGGUUGACUUCUGCCAAAUUUUGCCCGACUGGUCUCAGCUCCAGGCACUCCUUCAGCACUAUCUUUGGCAUGUAGACUGGAAGCUCCUCAUCACCAACCAAGACCUUCUCGAGGCGCAAACGAAGGAUCUAUGGGACAGGGUCAUUCUCCCUUCACAGAGCUUUGAGGCUCGCGUGGCUGCCAGCAGUUCGAGCGCUGGCAUCGCAAUCCAACAAGGUGAUCUUUCACGCCUUGCUUUGCUGGCCAGUGUCAUUGGCGAAACGAUAGAGACUCUUUCUCCCGAUACCAUCGUCGCACUGUUUCCCAUCACCUUGCAACUCUUUGCCAACGAGCUCAUCAAGCUGGGCGUUGACUCCAGCCCGCGAGUCAAGGCACUUUCACUCAUCACUCAUCACAUUCACGCCCUCAUCGAUGAAUGUGUGCGCCUCGAUGAAAUGACCAUCGAACUUGUCCAGGCGAACCUCUCUAGCUUCUCCCUUUGGUCCAAUCAAGGCCUUCACGGAGCUGGUUCGGCGGAGUUGCCGCGCUGGAACGUUACCAUCCGAGCUGCCCAGGCAUGCAAGCUCUUCGAGGACCCUAGCAGCAACACUUCCUUCUCACUCGUUGAAUUAGACCAUCGACGAAGGCUCGCCUGGCUCGUGUAUGGUUACGACCAUGCUUUUGCUAUUGGCGCUAACACCAAGCCGCUCAUCGUGGACUCGCAAUUCAGUGUCGACCAGCCUAGCGAUGCUCCUCCCUGGUCCUCAAGUGGGGUACCACCAGAUGCAUCUCUUGCCUUCCUCGAGGUGCAGGGUGGCAAGAUCGCUCAGCUUGUCUCGAGCACCCUAUGCUACGGUCCACCUCUGCAUCGUAAAGCUAUGGAAACCGACAAACAGAUCACAGACACUCUGUCCCAGGUACAUGCAUCCUACAACUGGGACAAGCCUGAUCUCUCGUUCGACUCGAUCGACCCAUUCAGGGCUCAACGCAGAUGCUGGGUUCAACUCACAACAGCAUGGCAGAGAGAAUCACUCCACCGCCAAUUCUUCUUUCCCAACGGACGCAUCACAAAUGCGGAACUAGCUACAAGCCGACACAUUGCUACGAACAGUGCUCUUCGCUCCAUCGCUGCGGUCCGAGAGCUACGCAAGAUGCAGAACCGUUUCUCUGACCGCAUGGGCUCCGCAUGGUGGUAUCAGUACUUUACAGAACCCUGCAUGACACUCGCCACCGCUGCACUCCUCUUAAUCCGCAGCAAAGGUCAAGGCGUCCCAGGUCUGUCCGAUCAAUGGAAUUGCUGGCCCAGAGUGAUGCACUACACCCAGAUCAUUGACGAAUGUCUACAGGAUGUCCAAGCUUCGAUCAGUGAACCAUCGUUAUGCCUUUCCACCUUGCUAACCUUUGGUACAGGCUGCAUUCGGUUGAUUCAGCAGCUGAGAAGGGCUGUACAGACUAGCCUCGAGGCUCUCGUCAAGUGGCAGUCAGGUAGCGAUGCCCUGAAAAGCCUCAGUAUCGAUCAAGACAUCCUGUCAUUGCUUCAUCCACGUUCGCGUGAUGGGAGCUCUGGAUCGCAGUUCGCGAAGCUGACCGUCGAUAGCACAAGCGGAGGUGGUGGCAGCAGUGGUGGUAGUUACAAACCGACAAAACAGGGCCUCAAACGUGGUGGUGAGGCUACACAGCCAUCAACAUCCAGCCGCAGCAGAAAGAGCAUCGAUCAAUUCUCACUUGCUUCUCUUGAUGCGUCGGCCAAGCUGACCGUACCUGCUGAUUCGCUAUCAGUGUCUCCUCGCCCAUCCGCAGAGAUGUCUGCGCAGACCGGUGAGAUUCUUCCUACGACGGUACCUCCUAGAAUGGUGACAGCGUCUUCUUUCAGCGCUGCAGGAGCCGGACGAUUGAAGAACAUGCACAGCAUAGCGUCCGUCUCACCACAGCACAGUUCACCCGAUACAUCCAUAUCCGCCCUGUCUUCCGGCACACUCAGCCUUACCCUCGGACCUCAACGGGGCUUUCCUGGCUGCACGAGUCAAGGAAUGAACAAUCCAAGUACCGCCGGCCCUUUUCUGCUUUCCGAGCGACAACAGCAGAAUCAGCUUCAGCAAGUGCCUCUUAAUGUAGCAGCACCAUACUACACUUUAAAUCCUCCGUCUAUUCCGGAGCCACAACAGCUUGUGUCGACAGUGCCGUCUGCUCUACCAGGCUUGUACUCGAGCGAAAGCAUCCAGAGAGCUAAUAUGGAACAAGGCAUCUCUCAAUGCUUCGACUCUGUUCAGAUGAAAAUGGUAGAGCCGUCUCCAGCUCGGUAG